AGGGACCGCGCAGCCACAGCCGCCAUUUCCAUCUGGAAGCCCAACCCCACCUCCUGCACUUCUUUUACAGCUAUAGACGCACACCGCUCUCUCUCUCUCUCUCUCUCUUCCUCUCUCUCUCUCCGGUCUCUUCUGUUCUCUCUCUGUGACCGAUCAGCUGCUGCUGUGUAUAAAAGGAGGGAGGAAGAGAGUCACCCCACCUCCACACCUCAUCUCAACUACUGCACUGACCGAACCCCAUCUCUUAUCCUUCCCAUCUCUGUUCUUUCCUCCCACCAGGGAAAGGGAAGGGGUAUAAAUAGCCCACCUCCAUCGCUCCCCUUCAUUUCAUGCCAACCACUACUUGCCUUUGAAGAAAGAAAGAAGUUCCACUGGUAUCACCGACUUCCCCUACUAGGGAAAGAGCAGAUACAUACAUAUCUGAAGACAGAAGCUGCAGCGGCGCGUUUCUGUUUGUUGUGCUACGCACCAAGUGAUCGAGCCUAGUGAGAGGACAGAGGGAGACACACCUGAAUCAUCCCUCACUUUCGCCACCUUUAUUGGCUGCCAAUAGCGACCGGCCGGUGUUACGUAAGAGAAGGAUGGUGGAGUCCAUGGCGGUCGUGGCGAUCAGGGAGUACGACGCGGAGCGGGACCGAGUGGGUGCGGAGGCGGUGGAGCGGAUGUGUGAGGUGGGGCACAGCGGCGGUGCCAUGUCCCUCUUCACCGACCUCCUCGGCGAUCCCCUCUGCCGUGUCCGCCACUCCCCUCCCUUCCUCAUGCUGGUGGCAGAGCUGGUUAGCGGGCCGGAGAGGGCGAUCGUUGGGCUCGUACGCGGGUGCAUCAAGACCGUGGCCUGCGGCAGCCCCUUGUUAUUACCCUCCCCCGCGAAGCACCACACCGCCCCCGCCGUCCCCAUCUAUGCCAAGGUGGCCUACCUCCUCGGCCUCCGCGUCUCCCCCGCUCACCGGCGAAGGGGGAUCGCGCUGAAGUUGGUGCGGAGGAUGGAGGAGUGGUUCAAGGAGAAGGGGGCGGAGUACGCGUACAUGGCGACGGAGAAGGACAACGAGGCGUCUUUCCGCCUCUUCACCGGGCGGUGCGGUUACUCCAAGUUCCGCAACCCGGCCAUUCUGGUGCACCCCGUGUUCGCCCACCGCCUUCCCCUCCCCCCACGCGUCGCCAUCCUCCGCCUCACGCCCGCCGAUGCCGAGGCCCUAUACCGCCGCCGCUUCGCCGCCACCGAGUUCUUCCCCCGCGACAUCGACGCCGUCCUGGCCAACCCGCUCUCCCUCGGCAGCUUCCUCGCCGUCCCCGCGGGCUGCUCCGCCGCGGCCCGGUGGGAGGGGGCCGGCGCGUUCCUGGCCGACCCGCCCGCCUCGUGGGCGGUGGCCAGCGUGUGGAACUCAAAGGAGGUGUUCCGGCUCGAGGUGCGGGGGGCAGGGCGGUGGCGGCGGGGGCUGGCGCGGGCGAGCCGGGCGGUGGACCGGGCGCUGCCGUGGCUGCGCAUCCCGUCGGUGCCGGACCUGUUCCGGCCGUUCGGGCUGUACCUGCUCUACGGGGUGGGCGGGGAGGGCCCCGCGGCAGCGGCGCACGUGCGGGCUUUGUGCGGGCAUGUGCACAACAUGGCGCGGGCGGACCCGGGCUGCCGGGUGGUGGCGGCGGAGGUGGCGGCGUGCGAGCCGCUCCGGGAGGGGAUCCCCCACUGGGGCCGCCUCUCUUGCGCGGAGGACGUGUGGUGCGUGAAGCGCCUGGCGGAGGAGUACAGCGACGGGUCGCUCGGCGACUGGACCAAGGCGCUUUCCCCACCCUCCAUCUUCGUGGACCCCAGGGAAUUCUGAAUCGGACGGUCACGCUUCACCGGCUCGUCGUCUUCUUCUUCCCUGUGUCUUAUCGAAAGCACAAGGACAACGUUGACGCUGCACAAGGUGGCUGUUUCCGUCAUCGUAAAAUGCAGUGAUAGCCUUCGUUGGUGUCACGCGCAACGCUUUUUUGUCGUGUCGUGUUUCUGUCGUGAGAGGCGAUAUCGACGGUGGGAGACGUGGAACGCGUGAAAGCCAAAUGGGGGAGCGGGAGCAGGAGCAGGAGCAGGAGCAGGAGCAGAUGCGGCGGAGGAAACGUUGUCGUCGGCUUUUGGUAACUACGUUACACGAGAGAGGCUUUGGACCGCUCCCUCCUCUCUCUCUCUCUCUCUCUGCCGGUCGUCUUUGCUUUCGAUGCCAUUGCUAAUGUGACCCUAUUCGAUA